AUGUCAGUGGACAUUUUUCUGGAGUGGGCAGACGGAUUCAAACAUGACUCCGAGGGCCAACAGCUGGGCAGCGCGCGAGUCAACCGAGACGCCCAGGGGUCCCCAGACACACCUGAAAUCCGGGCUCCUGAGACCGUCUCCGGGGCACAAAACCUGCACAAAGGCCACAUUCGGCUUAACGUUCCCGACAGUGGGAGCAACGUGACACGAUACCGGCCACACAUCGGUGGGAGGGAAGUGGAGCACAGCGCAGGCAGCCUCCUGUUGGCGUCCCCACUUCGGGCCCAGGAGCUGGAAAUGAUCGGGCCUUGUCAUUGCUCACAGUAUGAAAAAGCUUUCUCACCCAAGUAUCUGCAGAACUGGUCUCUCGCCAAGCCAACAAAAGAGAGGAUUUCUUCCCAUGAAGGCUACACUCAGAUUAUCGCCAAUGAUCGUGGUCAUCUGUUGCCUUCAGUGCCCCGUUCCAAGGCAAGUCCUUGGGGUUCCUUCAUGGGCACCUGGCAAAUGCCUCUGAAGGUACCCCCUGCUCGGGUGACCCUGACCUCCCGUACAGCUGCUGGUGCUGCCUCCCUUACCAAAUGGAUACAGAAAAAUCCUGAUUUACUCAAGGCCUCCAAUGGGCUACAUCCUGAAAUCUUAGGCAAGCCCCGUGAUCCAGAUAGUCAGAAGAAACUUGAGAAGUCUAUCACAAAGACUGUACAGCAAGCACCAAGUCCAACCAUAAUCCUAAGCUCCCCAGAAUCAAAUCUCAAUUCCCCAGAUCAACUCCAAAGCUCACACCCCUCUGAAGGUCACACUCCGGGUCCCCAAAGCCCACCCAACUCUCCGAAGAGUCCACCUGGAAGCCCAUGUAUGCUAGAACACUGUGCAGGUCCUAAUUUAGCCGAGGUCCAGAAAUGCAAACCUGGAACUCCAUUAGGGACUAAGGGACCACACUGAGAAAACCUGUCUAGAGAUUGAGUGAUGUAAGCAAGGCCCCCCAGUCAGGGAAAUUAUGGAUGGGAAUAAAGGCAAAUUUGGAAAAUAAACAUUCUUUGUUGAAUCUUCUACUGAUUUGGAUUUUUCCCUCCUGCUAUGUCUGCCUCUUUUAACCCAUAACUAGGAGGAGGGUUGGAGGAAAUAGAGCAGGGAAAAGAACAUGACAGUGACUUGGGGGUAGAACACAGUUUUACAAGGAUUGAGUCAUUUCCAGAAAUGACCAGGAGGAAGCUGGUCUGAAUCACAGCAAAAGAAACCUCAAAUAACAAGUCUGUCACCCCUACUCGCUCACUUUUCAUCCUGAGCAUGAACUACAACUUCAAAGUCAGAAGUACAAUCAUUUAGGGUAGAGUGUGUGUAUGUGCAUUUGGAGAAGGUGGGGAAGAAAAGGUACAGGAAGCCAGAGUAGAAGACACAAUCCUUGUCUAACACUUCAUUAUCUGAUGACAGAACACACAGGGAAAACAAAUUAGAAAGAGUUAUAAAAGCAAAACUCAAGCAAAAAUACAAAUAUAAUUUGAAAACAGAAGAUAUAGAAGUGAUUAGAAGACAGAGAAGAAAAAUAAAGGGAGACAACAAGUAGAAAUUUAGGACAGAAUAACAUACAUGAUGACCACACUGCCACUCCCCCCACCCCAAUCACCUGAAUGAUAAGAAGCCACCAAAAAAGUCCCUUAUCUAUUUCCCAGCCUCCAAUUUGUUUAUCAUUAUCCCCAUUCUGCAUCUUCCUGGCACUGGCUGUUAAAUUUAAUGCCCUUGCCAAACCUUUCCCAGUUCCAGUGCCCAAUUGUUCCCUGAUAAACACAUAUGCCUAACUCCAAGGACAAGUACAGAGGACAUAUGUAUACGCUGGAGGAAGGCUACAAAGACUUCCCAGGGCCAGUGUAGCAAAAAGGGAGAAGUGAUCAUCACUUAAAGCCAAAGACUACUUGGGAGCUGGGAUGAAGACUGUUGAGGCAACUAAGUAAGGUCUUCCUCUCCAACUGACACCAAUUACAGCCACUGUUACUUCUCUCCAACCCACAGCUUUAACUGGUUGGCUAAAAACUCAGAGUGACAGCAAGAUAGAUCUGUCACCCCAGAGUUUCCAAAGACUAUCAAAGCAGCACUCCUGUCAAGGCAGUUAGGGACCCAAAAGCCUGGCCUACAUGGAUUAUAAAAGUAGCAAGUUUUCUCAUUAAACUACAAAUGUUUGCCAGGUUUCCAACAAUCUCUCCUUUCUUACCUCUACUCCCCUUUCUCCCCAAAUGGACAUACUUAGUUCAUAUUCAUAGUCCCGUGGCUGUCCCCUCCAUUGUUCCACUGGAUCAUAAUUUGCUGAACUGUACCUUAAGGCUUAUAAUAAUCAGUUCUCAGUGGGAUUUUGGAGCCUGUAAUAACCAAAAAUCUCUCCACAUGCUUAACUUCCUCUCUCUUGCUCCUUCCUUCCCUGAGGUUUCGGCAAGAUGUUAAAACCCUGGCUACUUGCAUUUGAUUCCCUGAAAAUUUUUCCAGUGGUCACUUGUAGGACAAACUGUUUCCCUCCUGAGAAAGGUCGGAUUGGGGGAUGUAAUCGCCUGAGACCAGAGGGAGGGGGAGGAAAUUGGCUCCUCCCCAAUCACCAUUGUCUUGGUUUCUCAAGAUAUCAAGGAGAGUCAAAGACAAAAUAAUAAUUUUAAUUCCAUUUCAGAAAAAGCUGUCACAUGAAUUUGGAUUAGAAAACAUGACAAUAAGAGGCUUGGCUUUUCUGGAAAUGCAAGGAAGAGAAAUAAUCCUUAAUAGGUUCAAUGAUAGUUUUCUGGAUCUUCCCCUUGCAUCAAAAGCUAUAUAUCUUCUUCUCCCCAAAGCAUGUUCUCCAAGAGCCAACUUACUCUCUUCAUCUCCCUCUAGCCGGGACAGGCUAAUUCCCCUCCACCCCCACCCCUCUUCUUUCAGUCACACUGUGUGGGUGUUACAGACCCUGGGCUCUGACCAAUUAACAGAAUUGUCCUUUAAGCCAGCAACCCACAGGCAGUGGCAACCCAAGCCCCACUCCCAGUCCCCAAGGCAGAGGCCACAGAGUGCCAUUGUUUCCACUGUCUUAGGAAGAAGGAGCCAAAAGCUCACCCUCAGCACAAAUCAAGGCCUAAUAUGGAGAGAGAAUGAGGGCUCCCAGGCCCAGAGUAGGCUGCAAGCUGGGGACAGGAAAAGGGAGUUUUUACAGUCAUUCCAUCUUUAGAAAUAAGGGGAAAACUGGAUCCUUUUCCACUACUCUGGUUCUAUAAGGUACUCUUACUGCUGAGCUCCAAGGGGAUCUGCAAGCACAAAAGGGUCUAAACAAAUCAAGAUAACUUUGCCAUGGC